CAAGGCGAAAGACUUGGCAACAGAAAGCAAAAAACAUGUUGCAGCGUCCCAAUUGGCAGUGGGCCACAUAACGUUGCCCCAUUCAGCAUCGUACGAAUCGAAUCCCAAACAUGGCGACGCCCACGUCAAUGGAAGUCUUCAGCUGCCUGGCGCUGCUGCUCGGCGCGUUCAUCAGCAGCGGCUACUGCAUAGACUGUUUCAAGUGCGUUUCGUAUAACGGCGCCAAUAAGGCAUGCGAUGAUCCAUUUCAUAAUAAUUAUUCCACCGCCAUACUGGAGUCACCCUGUAUGGGCGGUCGCAAAGGCCGCGAUGGACUUUUCCCAGCGACGGCUUGCAUUAAAAUCGCCGGAUAUUAUGAUGACACUGGCGAGACGAUAACUGUGAGAGGAUGUGCCUUGGACAGUGGCACUCUCACCACAGACACAGAGAUUAUAAGAAUGUCGCAUUGUGGUAAAUUCUACUAUGAUAACAGGUACGUGCACGGAUGCCUUCAGAGCUGCAGUGAUGCGGAUGCCUGCAAUGGCAGCCACCCAAAGGACGUCGAGUCCUUAUUACUUAGCGUGACGCUGCUGCUGCUCCUCGCUGCAAGGUAGCAUUGACAACAACAACAACAACAGCAACAAGGAUACCAACAACAACAGCCCCAACAACAACAACAACAAUGAGACGAGCUAAAGCUGGCAUCCCAUAGAACUUAAACGGACUUAGCUAAAGUGAACGUAAAAAAGCAUUUAAUAUAAUUCCGCUGCGCGAAUAUUUUUACACAUUUCAUACGCUAUUCUCCUGACAUCGGCUAUUCCUUACCCUCUCAGUGUCUACAAUCGCACCUUACCGUAAUUGCACACACUCACACACAAAAAUAUAUACAAGGAUAACACAGGAUAAAAGAA